AUGAUGUUCAUAGGAAUUAUUGUCGCGAUACUCGUGGCCCAGUCGGUCUCUAUCGUCGUUUGGAGAUUAGUUCUCGGUCCAUUAUCCAAUAUACCAGGACCUAAGCUCGCGGCCUUGACGUCUUGGUACGAGUUCUACUACGAUGUAAUCAAGCCAGGUCAAUUUGUUUGGCAUAUCCAGCAGUUACAUCUUGUGUACGGUCCCAUCAUAAGAAUUACGCCGUGGGAAAUUCAUAUCAGCGACCCCAGCUUUUUGGACGAAGUCUAUGCACCAGCAUCCCGGAAUCGUGAAAAAUAUGCUUUCUUUAUGAAGACUGUAAAAGUUUCCGGAUCUACUGGCACCACAGUCAAUCAUGACAUCCAUCGAAGAAGACGUGAAGCCCUUAAUCCGUUUUUCAGUAAAAAGGCCAUCACGGCUUUCGAAUCUGUCAUCACCGACAGAGUCGCAAAGCUGGACAAAUUGGUACAUUCCCACAUAUUGACGAAAACGCCUAUCAAUUUGUCGGAUGCUUAUUAUGCCUUAGCAAACGAUGUCGUGUCAUAUUAUUGCUUUGGGCGGGAUGAAAAACUGCUCGAUGACGAACAGCAAGCUGCAACCCACAGGAACAAUAUAUCCGAAUUGCUUCAGGGCAUCAAAGCGGUUCUUCACUUACCUUGGAUCUUCGAUAUCUUAGAUAUGAUACCGUUCCCAAUAGCGAAGCACAUCAUGCCAGCUGGCGCUCUAGAUAUGAGAAAUCUUUCAGAGACAGUCAAAAUAGACGUUCAACGAGUGCUAGAAGACACAAAAAAUUUAAAAAAGGGCCAUCAUAGGUCAAUCUUCUAUGAACUUCGGGACAAUAAAAAUUUACCCCCUUCAGAGAAAAGCUUAACCAGGUUAGAAAAUGAAGGAACUCUUCUUGUACUAGCUGGGACCGACUCGCCAGCAAAAUCUAUGGCGAUUACUCACUUUUAUCUCCUCCAUCACCCAGAGAAAAUGGCGCAAUUAAGAUCAGAGCUUCAGAAAACACCUAAAACAGCAACUUGGAAAGAAUUAGAACAACUACCAUACCUCAGUGGCUGCAUCGCGGAAGGCAACCGACUCUCUUUUGGUGUGGCCGGACGAACCUCUCGAAUCGCUCCGCACGAAACACUUCAAUACAAACAGUACGCCAUUCCACCUGGCACGCCCGUCAGUGAGACGACACUCUCUGUGCAUACCAAUGAAUUUAUCUUCCCAGAGCCCUGGGCGUUCAAGCCUGAAAGGUGGUUGGGUAAAGAAGGAACAGAAAUACGAAAAUACCAAAUGGCAUUCAACAAAGGCUCAAGAAGCUGUGUGGGUAUGAACUUAGCACAUGCUGAAAUGUUUCUUGCUAUUGCGGCUAUAGCGAGAUAUGAUAUGAAGCUUUACGAGACAGACGUUAGCGAUGUCAAAUUUAAGCAUGAGUUUCAUGUUGCAUUUCCGAAGUUGGAUUCGAAGGGUAUUAGAGCCGUUGUGGAGGGUAAAGUAGCUUAG